AUGUUGCGCUGUGGAUGUCUCAGAUUUUCUCGAGGUCUUGCCUACUUACCAAAGGGGAGAUCCAGCGAGAUAUUUUCAGAAUCGUCGAACUUUAAAAGGUAAGUCGGUGAGUAGUAACGAUGCUAAUUCAUCAUUCGCAAGGAAUCUUUUAUACAGUAUUGUCCUUCGAAUUCGAUAGAAUAAAACCUUUCACUCCAAAAUUUUUAGGUCGGCUUAGGUAGCCAAGAUCAUAUUAUUUCUAAAACCGUGUUAUUAGACCGGUAGAUAGCGUGGAAAUGUUGUAUUGACUGUUUUGGGUAACUUGACGACAACUGUUUCUCAGCUGUUUCCUUAUGUAAUACAAGAGAACUGACGUGUUGUCCAUAAGUGAAAGCAUGUAAACGUGUCACAGUUUGGUCCCCGAGUUUAAGGUGGUGACAUGAGUCGCUUUCGCUUUUGAGCAAUAUUAUUUAACUUACACGUAUCUGCUGUCGUCACAUUGAAAUUGAAUUGAGGAAACUAGAAACGUGUUUAGUCGAGGGGGCGUGAUGUAGGUAGCGCCUGUUAAAAAUUUCCCGAUUUUUCCCUAUGAUCGUUUUGGCCGUUUGUUAUUAAUAUUAUUAUUAUUAUUAUAUCACUGCAAACAUUUCUAUGAAAAUAGUGAAAAUACUUGUAUAAAUGUAAGCGAACCCUCCUGGAGUUGAAUUCCUAUGGACCAUAUCCAAGUUCAGAAAGGGAAAUAGCAUUUCGUCCUUGUUUGUUUGUUAAACGUACUCCAUAAAACGCGAAAUUAGGCAUUUUCACGUCGUAGUCGUGCAAAAACGGGUAAAGAAAUGUACAAACGAGCCUGAUGCGCAUGCAAAGUUGUUGUUUUGGUUAUAAAACCUAUUGUUUUUAUGACGUUUUCGUCGCCGUCCACGUCGUUGGAUCUUUAAAGUUGACAUGUCAUAAAGUUAACGAAGUCAUGUAAUCAGUUUUUGCUCAACGCUGUAAACUAUUUAACCAUCGUAUUCUAUAUAAAAUAUGCCGUGACACAUUCAGAUAUUCGUUUUGUUUUAGGCUUAUCUUGCCAUCCAUAUUGCUAGGGUAGGAAGAAUAAAAUGUAUUUCAGUUGAAAACAUGAAGUAAAAGGACACAACUUUUGAAAAUAUAAUUGAAGUUAUUAUUCAUUCAAAAUAUUUCUCCGUUGGGGCCAUUUUAACUCCCAAGAGAAACUGAAGACAAUGCUUAUGCAAAAUUUUGGGUUGACAAACAAAGAGCAUUAUGGUAUGUUAUGGUAUUUUCUGGAGUGGUCAAUUGUGCAGCUAAACUGCCAGAUUAUAGAACUGUUAUUAAACCGAGAAGACCUGGGGAUGAUCUUGGUAGUGAGUGGAAAAUGACGUAACAUUUCACUCCUUUCCCGAGGAAGAAAUAGGCAAACUGUUGGCUAAAAACAUAGCACGAACAGCAAGAAGACAACUUCACAGGCAACAUCUGCUAUUUGGAGAAUAUUUGUAGAACUGAACAACCCUUUAUCUCCUAAACUUGCCCAUAAACACGCACUAUUGAAGAUGAACUUAACGUUGAUGGAGGUAAGUAUGUUUUAGCUUGUUUUUAAACUAGGAAUAUUUUGAGUGAAUAAUGAAAAAACUAUUGAAUUCAGCUCUUGUAUCAUCUGAAGCAUUAUGGAGAUCUCGGAGGAAUUAGCCUCAGCAGAUAACACCCUCCUCGAUCUCCAUAAUUCUUCAGAUCAUACCCAGCCUCAUUCAAUAAUUGUUAAUUACUGAUAACAGUAAGAAAUUUGACCUGGUGAGAUAAAAAUCUUGACCAGGUCGUAGACUGAACUUUCUCUUGGUUUCAUGGUCUAUUAAACCUAUACACAGUAAUAAUUUAUUUUACCUAUUCAAUAUUUUAUUUUAUUAUCUUUUAUGUAGAGUUGUUCUUCUUGGUUCACAAAACACAAAACAUGGGUACGCCACAGAGGCAAAGGUGUGUACACUGUAGGAUAUCUACAGUUAAUCUCCAUGAAGAGUUUUGUUAUUAUUAACAGUCUAAGAAUAUAGAAUUUUGUCGGUAAAUGUGUAGUGGGAGCACUGUCGGUAUUGAAGUUCAGGUCAGACUGAAGCUAUGAAAAAAAUUGGCUAGAUUUCAAACUAAAGCACAGAAAAGCUCGUUUGUGUGGGACAGUGAUGCAGAAUUUGAAAGAUUCUUGGAUAAUCCAUUACAGUCAGCUCUGUUCCUUGCACUUAAACUGAGCUGGGUAGGAAAUGAUGUUUGUAGCAUACACAGUAUAUACAGGCAGUGUUCUCACCAGGACGUGGCCUUGCGGGAUUCCCACAAGAAAAUCUGAGAUGGCACAUAAAAAGCCAAGAAGAUACGCCCACACAGAGGCAAGCUAUGAGUCAAACCGACUUUGGAAUGUCUACAGUUAAGUGCUUUUAAUGGGCAACCCUGGCAGCAUUUUGCAUGGUCGAAUGAGUAAAAAACAUGACAUCAAAAGAUUCAAAGUCUUUAAUUUUAUUUCCUUAAUUUUUGUUGGUCCCAUGUACAUGUACAUUGUGAAGAUUGGUGCAUGCAUCGUUAUUGAAUCGUAAACACCCCGUCCGCUUUAUUAGAUCAGGUAAGUACUUCACGUGGCAGAUCAUUUGGAGUACCAGCUCAGGUUAUACCUUUCUCCCCCUCCUCAACAGAGGGGACCCUGGGACUCCCCAAGGCAAAAUCCUGGUGAGAACACCGCACAGAGUAUGUGCUUUGUCCAGUGUACCAUGGUUGCAUUAUCACAGCUGUAUUAUUACAGAGUGUAAAAAGUCACUAACUCUGUCUUAUUUACUACUUGUAGCCCACAGAAUCAAAAUCAUUUGUCAUGGGAUUAUUUAGAGGAAAUCCAAAAGUGGAGCAAGUGUUUCCUUUUCCAGAAGGUAAAUUUAAGUGUCAAUUUCACAGUCAGAUUUCAGGUACACACUCAGUAUGUAAGUUUCAUUUGAUGAUAUUGUUAAAUCACAUAUCAUUUUUUGAUGUAUAUCUUGUAGUUAAUUUUUUAUCUCAGGUAAUUUUAUGUUUCUUUUGUUCAAACUUCAUUAGCAUAUAUUAUCAUACUCAAAAACAAAAGAAAAACAAAAAUUAACUGAGAUAAAAAAUUAACUAUAAUGCAUACAUGUUUUCUGCACAAAAAAAACUAUUUAGAAUGAUCUAUACAUGUAUUACUAAUUUUAGGCGUAAAAAGUAACACUAUUAAAACAUGACUUUUCAGCAAGGACAUCUCACCAUUAUCAAGUUAUUUAUUUAUUUAGUUUUUAUUGUUAUUAAAUUUUUUCUUUACUAUUUUAGUUUUAUUCGAUAUAACAUUUUUCCCCCAUAGUCUUGGACUCUGAGCAAGAAAGUGUACUACAAGCAUAUGUUGAUCCAGUGACCAAGUUUUUUGAGGUUAGACAUUAUUACUUUGUUACAGAUAUUAUUGUUCUUUACAAAUGGAUAAUCAAUCAGCAACAAGUAAUCAGGCCACACAUAAAUUAAGACAGUACAUACAGUUCUUUACCUCAAACCUCAUUAACAUGGAUGCUACAUGAAUACCACACUAUAUUUCAUAGCACCUUGUACAUGUAUUAUGUUGGAUUAUGUCUAGUUGCACAUGUAGUAUGUAAAUGGCCAAAUUUUUGUAACCUCUGAGAGGUAAUUUUAAAGUGCUUAGUACCAUGAUUCUUUUUAGGUAUGGUUUUGUUUUAAUACUAACUGGUACUAACCAUCCAGACAUUUAUUAUAUUGUGGUACAGAGUUUUCUCAUUUAAUUUCGAUUAUUUUCAUUGCGUCCAGACCAUUACCUUAAUAUGGGAGGAAGAAAUACAAAAAUAAAAAAAAUCUGCAUGGUUUCAAGUGAAAAUGAAAUUUGUAAACCAAACCAAGUUAACCAAGACAUAAUGUGAACUGUAAUUUUACUUACUAAAAUGUCAAAUUAUAUUCGAUUAUAGUUAUUAAUUCGUUCAUUUUUUCUGUUACUUACAUCUUUGAUCAUGUAGGAACAGAAUGACCCAAUGAAAAAUGAUGAGUUGGAAAAAGUAGAAGAUAGCACAUUGGCAGGUCUUAAGGAAAUGGGUGCUUUUGGUCUGCAGGUAAAUUUAGGUCUACAGUAUAUGUUCCUACAUAGUUAUAUAUUGGCAUUCAGAUGCAGACCUAUUAAAAAAUUGGACGAGGCUAAAAACAGUAUGGCAUACCAGACACUUUACUGUCCAUGAUCCACAGAUGGAAGAAGGGGUAUCACCCCUGCCCCUUUCUCCCGUGCCUCUCCCCACUGGCAACGAAGAAAAUGAAAAGAAAAACUGCACAAUAAUUGUUUAUGAAAGCCAAGUUUAAGAUAAUUGUUGUAUUGAUAUGAAACAGAUCCAGUAGAUACGUGUUUUUAUAAGCACAAACAUCAUUACCUUCUGAUUACAUUGUAGGAUAUCUUUGAAACAGUUAUUUGCCAUCAUCAGUUAUCGAAUACAAAUCAGAACAGAAGUAAUAAAUGUUUAUGAAACAUUAUUUGGGGGAUUUCUGUAAGCAUAUCAGAAUUGGAGAAUUGUUUUGAGUGAAGAACAAUCAUUAGUAUUAUUUGAUAAUUCAACAUUUAAAAUGCCCCCUUUUCCCCUACUCUCACAAAGUAUUUACAAAACCACACCUACAUCAGUCAAGCGACAAGCUCAUUGUGUUUUGCGAUUCAACUCUCGAUUCUUGAAAGUUUCGAGAAUCGAGGAUCGAGAUGCUAGUGAUUGUCAACUUACUUUUGAGUGGUACUGUAAUUUAACAAUACUGAUUCCAUCUUAUAAUCUCAGGUGCCAACAGAUUUAGGUGGACUUGGUCUAACUAACACCCAGGUAAUUAUAAUUUUCAAUAAAUAUUGCAAAUACAAGAAUCAAGUUCAAGUACAUCAAAACAUGAGGAUCUUAACUUGCUCAUUUAAUAAAUUUCUAGUAUGCCAGGCUUGUGGAAAUUGUUGGUGCCCAUGAUCUGGCUGUAGGAAUCACUCUUGGAGCACAUCAGUCAAUUGGAUUCAAAGGAAUUCUUCUACAUGGAAAUAAGGUGAGUCAGCUUCAUUUACAGAUCUGUACACAUGAAGAUCUGUCUUGUUGGAUACCAUAAAAUUCCGAAAAUAAGCCCUGGGGCUUAUAUUUUUCAAAGGCCCUUUUUGAGGGGCUUAUUUUUGGAGGGGCUUAUCUAUGGAGGGAAAUUUGUGUUUCAAAAUCGAUUGGGCAAGUCUUAUAGUUAGAAGUAAAUUUACCGUUUUUGCUUUGUUUUACUUUGUAUUUGAGGGCAAUUUUCCAAGUAUAAGCCCCCAGCGAGGCGAUUUAACGGAGUUUUUUUUGCGUUACCAGAUUAGGGGGCUUAUAUUUGGAGGGGCUUAUACAUGGAGGGGCUUAUUUUCGGAAUUUUACGGUAUCCUAAUUAUGACUUGUGUUGAAUUCUCCAGAUAGACUGUCCAUGUUUAAAAAUAAUACAGUGUACUUGUAUGCAGCGUGCAAAGAAAGUAGUGUCCGAUAGCCUGGGUUUAGUGGAUUUUGCUUUCGGGCUGGUGAAUUCUGUUUUUAACUUGCCCGAAAGGGCAAGUGAUGUUUUUGAGCAAUUUGAAUAACAGAAGAACUAUGAAAUCAAUUCUGCUUGUCAUAAAGCGUUAGGGGCUAGUUGAAAUGAUGUCUGGGCUAGUAAAUGCUACUGUAGCUUCAGCUUGCCCAAAUGGCAAGCUGUAAAAAUGAUUAUUUUUCUUUGUAUUCCGGUAUGUUAUAGUGAUUGUGUAUUCUAGACAGAAAAAUAAUUUAUUUUUUCCAUUUUUAAGGAGCAAAAAGAGAAAUACCUACCACUGGUAAGUACCAUUUAACAAGUUUUUGUUUCUUGUCUGAAAAAAUAAAGAAAAAUGCUUCUCUGAUUUAUAGAAUUACUGUAGAUACAUGUAAGACUCUUUCAAUUCCCAUUUUAAUAUUCCUGUAGGUUGCUCCGUGUGAAAAAAUGGCAGCAUUCUGUUUAACAGAGCCAAGUAGUGGAUCCGAUGCAGGGGUAGGCUUUUUGCACUGUAACCAUUAAAUUCAUGUAGCAUUUUUUUGUUUUGCAACAAGAUGUUUACAGGAAGCAGCAUGGCAGAGCAGUUAGAGGGCCUGAGCUCAUGUCUCAGCCUACCCGCUAGCCUUAUUUGUUCUCUGUAUGUAGUCCUGAAUUCAUCUCCCUGGUAGCACUUUUAACAUAGCCAACUGGGUCACCUCAGUGGAGGUUCUUCCUUGUUAUGCAGUUCCUAAUUGUAAAUUUGUUUUAUCCCUGAAAAAUGACACAUUGGCUUUUAUUUUUAUUAACUAAGAUUGCAUCUGGAAUUGCAACUGGAUGGAAUGCAGCAAACAGGGUACAACCAAAAGGACACAAGAUGUCUCUUUUUUGGUCACCCACCCCCUCAUACUGCAUCUUAACAUUCGCGCUAGACUUUUGCAAAGUACAUCUAUGUCACACAGUUUUGUUUUGCUGCAUCACGUGUUUGCGUCACUUCACAAUCCCGUUAAAGGCAAAAAGCUUGUGUUGCUUACCUUAGGAUUACUGACAAAUUCUUCCCUUGUAUUGUUAUAAAAAGAGGACAAGAGAGAAUGAUUUGAAGAGGUUUCUCUUGUACUAGUCUAAGUUCUAAAAGUACUUAACUUUAAUUUACUCUUCCUUUUAACAGUCUAUACGAACACAGGCUGAACUAAGCAAGGAUGGUAAACAUUACAUCUUAAAUGGAGGCAAGUUGUGGUAAGUACAUUACUUACCCUUUCAAAAGCUCUAAGAGUGAUCAGCAUGAAAUUUCUCCCUGUAAUAUCAGUGCUUUAUGAAACACAUUGGUCACAACACUAAUUCUUAAUGUAGUGCCAAACCUUAAACGCUUAAUAAAUUAAUGGAGUAAAUUACCUCACACAAAUGCGCGUCUUUACAUAAUUAUUAUUAAUUGCAUACUCUUAUUUGAAAUCACAGGAUCAGCAAUGGAGGAUUAGCCGAUAUUUUCACUGUCUUUGCCAAGGUACACGAUUAAACUUAUGAUCUAACAGAACUUGAAACUACAUAAUAUAUUAUCAAAAUAAUCUUUAUCCGAUUAAACUAGCGAUGUAACUAUUAAAUUGUAAAUAAAUAUUAUUUAGAAUUAAAAAUAUAAAUAUCAAAAUGUUUGUCGUUACUCUUUUCAGACUCCCAUAACAGAUCCUAAUACAGGCGAAACAAAAGACAAAGUAACAGCUUUCAUUGUCGAGAGGGGGUUUGGUGGAGUAACAACGUAAGUUUUUAUCCAUUGUUGUCCUGUAUUUUCGUGCUCACAUAGAGUAAGACCUACACAAUAUCUCUAGCAAAAAGGGUGCUGUAAAUUGAACAGAUUUUUUGACAUCCAGAGUUAGAUGUGUUCACAGAGCGACCAUCUCUUUGACUUUGGAUGUAGUGUCUUUCCGAUUGAUUUGUUACCAUUUCACCCGAUUCUUAGUAAGAAGCAUCAUAAGUUUUCAUCCUACUACAUGCUCUAGUAACCAAGCAUGCCGCAAAUGGCGCGACCCUAUUGCCACGAUCAGAAGUCACUGCUUCUUUUUCUUGUUGGAAGAGACCACUCAAGGGGGACGAUCAGCUAACGGUAUUAUAGACUGCGAAACAGUCGGCCUUUUUUCUCAAAAUCGCUUUAUCAAUGCGCGGCUGAGGGGUUUUCAUUUCACCGCUCGCGCAUUCUCGACCUACAUGCAAGCCAAAAUUCGGAAUGUUUUGCAGUCUGUGGUGGUGUUAACUAUUUGUAAGGGAUAGUAUAAACGGGGUGGUUCCCCAGUAUUAUGUCAUCAAAACUUCAGUCGAAUUAAAGGGAACCUCCACUUCAACAAAAAGAUAACUUUAAAUCACAGGAAAUAACUGUUACAGUCAAGUCAAUCUAAAAUGUUUUUAACGAAAGCGUUUGUAUCCGAAAGAAAUAACUUUUAGAUUCGCCUAUUUUUGUUUUCAAAUUUUGCGGACGUCGCCAUCUUGAAUAAUUUUGACGUGUUACGGUUGCCCUAUUGUUAUUAAACAAAAGCUCUUUGUGUCAGAACAAUAGAGCAACCGUAACACGUCACAGUUAUUCAAGAUGGCGGCGCCCGCGAAAUUUGAAAGUGAAAAUAAGCGAUUUUAAAAUUCACUUUUCCUGAUAUAAACACUUUUUUAAGGACAAAUUUCGAACAAAUUUGUUUAUCAACAUAAUUUUAUUCGAUUUAAACUUAUUCUGUAGUAAGAGUGGAGGUUCCCUUUAAGUGCGGUUGUUUUAUAAUGUACUGUCUUUAUCGCUUUGUUUUCAGUGGUCCGCCAGAGAAGAAAAUGGGAAUCAAGGCUUCCAACACUGCGGAGGUCAGUGCGCUCAAGACUUCAUUUAUCCGCGUUUCACGGCAGUUUUUUAUGCAUUCAAAUGAUAAGAUCGGGGCAAAGAGAGACAGUUUUACAGCUUGUCAUUCGGGCAAGCUAAAGUAAGCAUUCUUGCUAGCCCUAGAAUCAUUUAAAUUAGCCCGAAAAUUUUUUUUGAUGAGCAGGAUUGAUUACAGUUCUUCGGCAAUUUGAAUUCCCUAUAAAACUUCCCUUGAGUUCACUUGAGUUGAGAACAGAGUUCAGUUGCCCGUGAGCAAAAUCCGUUAGUCCUGGGCCAUCGGACAGGCCUUUGUUUGCCCGAUGAAGGUCCACAGAAAAGGUACGCUUAGCUCACCUCGUUAUAGGAAACUGAUUUUUCUACUUUCAAUGAUGUGAAUUGAAGUGAAACCUCUUCCAAAAACGAAAACUUGAUUCAAGGGAAGUAAUGUAUGUCAAAGUGGAGAAAUUAACGUAGCAAGAAACGCAGCCGUUUGCGGUGACAGCAGCAACAAAGACCGAAAAAAUACUCUACAUAUGAAGUAGUUUCGUGGUUAAUGAUAUGCACAUUGUAAAUCCGCCGUCAACCUUCUUUUAUUUGUCAGGUCCACUUUGAUAAUGUUCCAGUACCCUUGGAAAAUGUCUUGGGAGGUUGGUGUAAUUAUAAUUAAAUUUUGAAAAACAAGUUAACAUUCAUAGUUACGUUUUAGUAGUAACAACUGAAUGGCAUUCUGUAGCCCAGGAGGUUUGUCCAAUAUACACAGAUUUUAAUUGUGCUUCAUUAUAAGAGUAACAUGAUUCGGUAAAAACAAGAACAUAGUGUAAAGUUUUGGUUGGUUUGUCUGUUGGUAAAGUGUAUGUCCCAUAUGAUCCCCCUCACCUCCCACAUUACAUAUAGUUACGCCCCCACUUCCCCCCUUAAAAAAGGGGGAAAAAGGUUUUGUUCUAGCCAGCCAAAACACGAGUUUACAAUCAAGAGAACCAAUCACAUCUCGAAGGAAACACAUAUAGCACGUGCUAUAUAAUUUAUAUAUUUAUAUAUUUAUUUAUUUCUAUCAUGUUAGGUGUUGGUAAUGGCUUUAAGGUUGCCAUGCACAUUCUUAACAACGGAAGAUUCGGAAUGGCCGCUGCGCUUUCAGGGACCAUGAAGGGACUAAUAGCCAAGGCUGUAAGUACAUGUAGAUCUGUAUAGUCUUUGCACUCGAAUCGUAUUUAGGCGUUAUUUGUGGCUCUAUUUUCCCUUUUCCUUUUUGCAUUUCACUCGUGUUCUUUGGUUAGCUUGUUCGAGGCGUUCUGGUACAACAAAUACAUGUAUAGUAGCGGAACGUGACGCGAAAGAAAAAGCGGAGAGAAAGAACCCCCUCGCUGUUUUAUUAUUAUUUCGUUUUUCUGCUUGCGUGUCUUUGCGCUGUCCUCACUAACUGGACGGCUGGAACAGGCUAACAAUGGGUCGUUUAUUGGAAAGAAGUCUAUAAUUUACACCGUUGAUUGAGAUCGUCCGGGUGAGGUUAGUCCUAGAUAAAUGUACAUGUAGGACUGUUGUGGACAUUGCCUGACAUUGUGACAACCUGUGUUACUUUGUAGAAGUCAUCACGGUUGAGCGGGACAGUGACUUUUCUACCAGUUAUCAAAAAGUCAGUCACUCAUCAACAGUUUUAGGGACUACAAUCUUCCGCACGAUGAUAUUGAUUUUACAGAACAUGUACAUGUACCUCUGAAAUGUCUGUUUGGCUCGGAUCAUUUGCAUUGUUCAAAUGCUGUUGUUUGUUUUUUUAUACCAGGCUGACCAUGCUGCAAGCAGAGUUCAAUUUGGCCAAAAACUGGAAGAGUUUGGUGUUAUUCAAGAAAAGUUAGCAAGAAUGGCCAUGCUCCAAUAUGUUACUGAGGUGCGCUACAGUAGAUUACCGUAAUAUGUGCGACACGCUUCAACCGGAAGUGGACUUCUUGCAUUCUUGGCCCGUGGUUUUUCCGAAAUUUUCGGGAAAAUCGUCUCCGUAAGAGUCAAAACACUUAGCAAGACAAAUUUUGUAGCCUGCGAGAGCAUCUGGUUACCGGAAAUACGUCUGCGGCUCGCGGGCUACAAAUUUUGUAGCGUCAAGGCGUAUUAAAGGUGGAAAUGCUCACUUCCGGUCAUCUUCUUCAUUUGUUGCUACGCUAGACUUGACGGUUUUCUUAUACACUUUUUUUUCUUUUUGUUUCAGUCUAUGGCCUACAUGAUCAGUGCAAACAUGGAUCAAGGAGCCAUUGAUUUCCAACUCGAAGCAGCCAUUAGCAAAGUGUAUGCUUCGGUAAGUAUUGCAAGCAAUGCUGUCGGCCAUACAGUACAGUUGAAGCUCUAUAAUACAGACGCCUCGGCCCCUAUUUCAGAUAGUUAACCCUUAUAAAAACCGGGACCUAGCUGUAAAAGUCAGAGAGCUUAGCUUGUCCCUUUGGUGCAAAGAUAAAAGUCUGCCUGAAGCUCAACUAGUUUUGCUAACGGCAGUAGCAGGUUAAUGGAUUCAUUUGCCUUUUUUAAUUUAGGAAGCAGCGUGGUUUGUUGCCGACGAGUGUAUUCAGAUUCUUGGUGGAAUGGGAUACAUGAAGGUGAGUAAAAUUAACACUGUAGCCUCUUAUCAAUCGUUAAAAGGUGUCGGAAAAAUCGUAUUUAGUGCAUGAAGAAGGGUUUGAACGCGUAGUUCUCUAUAUGGUUGUUUUGUUUUUGGUUGUUGGUUUCUCACUGUCAUAUUAUACUGAACUUUGUUUUUGUUGUUGUUUUGAUGUUUAAGGACUGUGGAGCUGAGAGAGUGAUGCGUGAUCUUAGGAUUUUCAGGAUAUUUGAAGGCACCAACGACAUUUUGAGGUUAUUUGUUUCACUAACCGGUCUCCAGGUAAUCCACUGCAAAUUCUGUACUUUUUUACACUCAAUUUAACCCUUUAACCAUGUCUCAGUUCUGUAAAAGACGGCGGGCUGGAUAUUGAUCGCGCUACAAUUGCGUUCAACCCUUUAUAUAAACUUUCCUUAAAACUAUCUUACACGUUCUAUGGAGGUCAAAAGAACUCGGGACACUGUGGAAAGACCCUUCCAAGUCAUUGCUACAAACGAUACAUAGGACUCUGCGCCUAAAACAGUUUUUGGUUCGCCUUUGGGUUCAUCCCUUCAUUACCCCUUCCCCCGACAACAUUGUGGCCUCAAACAGACUAUUUUCCACCCAUUUUGCUCAAACUUAAACUUUGUUAGGAGUGUGAUGGGAGGUCGCCAGUUGUACUCUUCACUGAGAAGUUCCCAACACCUUUGACCUCCAUUGUCGACUGGCAGAAAUCCCUUUUUUUGGUUCGUUCCGGAAACAGUAAACUUAAGCUUUAGAUUUGCAAUUCGAAGAAAAAAACGCCAUGAUUUUGCUAUUUGAUUUGAUUCAUAUCCCUUGCUUUUCCCCACAGGACGCUGGCAAAUAUCUAAGAGAACUUCAAAAGUCGCUAAAAAAUCCAGCAGCCAACCUGGGACUGGUUGUAUCCGAAGGUUUAAAACGGUCAAAAAGGUACAUGUGUAUACAGUAACUAUCGAUUUGACCACAAUCGUGGAGCCAUAGCCGAAAAAAAUUUUAAAACUCAGUUGACAGAGGCAAAUUCUCUUCUUAAGGAAAUGGUUACUGCUGCCUUAAGUAAAAAUUUGACACGCCAUUGGACAAAGAAAUGUAUCAACAUACGCAACUUAGCCUUAGGGCUUGUUUUGCGCGGAAAUGUUCUAAGUGGAACGGGUUAGUUUUUGCUCCAUUUGUUCUUUCUCAUGACGAAAAUUAUAUUAAGAUUCCUGAGGACGAGAAAUCCAUAGAAACGACGACUCUUGAGAGUUGCCUCUCAGCAUGUUAUUCCUUCUUCUUGCUGUUUUGUUGUUGUUGUUGUUGUUGUUGAUGUUGUUGUUGUGGUUGUUGCUAAUUAAUUUGUUUGUUUUGCGUGUCAAUAGGGCUGUUGGGAUAAAAUCAGGUCCUUCUCUAACGGAGCACGUUCAUCCAGACCUAGCCUCGUCCGCUAAGCUGGUAAGGAGAUCUAAACUCAAUUUUUUACUCCAAUCCAAAGCUUUAGACCCUGAUGGUCGAUAGAAAUCAAGAGAGAUGGGAAGGAACGAAAAGAAAAAAAUCGGAUGUGAAGCGAGUGUAGUUGGGAUGUUAGUGAAACGUGAAACAAGGAACGAGAAACGGGAAACGGAGAAAUGAAACAUGGGAACAGUAUCUUCGUUACCCAUUCUGUGUUAUGUUCUUAUUUUUCGUUUUUCCCUUUUCCUGUGCUCGUCCCCAUUUUUCUGUUCCUCGUUUUAGUAACAUUUUUUGUUAAUGCGUAGAAUUAAAGAUUUUUUUUGGUUUUCGGGUAUCAGCGGGUAAUGUACAGUACUAAGAUUGAAACAAAGAAGAAAAUAUUUAAGCCAAGGCUAAAACUUUGCCACAGUCCUUGUCGACUUUGAAAUAAUUUUCUUAGUGGUUAUACAUGGUUUUGAACUGUGAACUUUUGUCUUUGUAGGCUUCCGUGGCGGCGGGCGACUUUGCUGCAACAGCAGAAAAGUUACUUAUAAGACAUGGGAAAAAAAUUGUCGGUAAGCAACUGGAGAUAUCGUAUUAUCUUAACCAUUUGGUUUUUAAUGAUUACGUGGGUCCACUUGCUGAGGAUACUGCCCAUUAAAUUGUCAUAUCUAUUUUGACUUAAAAGUGAAGGGAAAAAAAUAGAUAUAGAAUAAGCCUAUUUGGAGGGAAGGGGGGUUGUUUUAACUCCAUAUCUACUCCAGAUUUGGUGGUAAAGUGGCUCUUAUUGCCGAAAGAGUUAUUGUUACCCUUCCUCUUGAUUUUAACUCUACCAGGAAGGAAAACAACUACUUCUUGGAGUCGAUUUUAAAUUUUCUUUAUAGUUAGUAUAGCUUUUGAAAAAGCGCCGCGGUUAGUAGCAGUUAAGUAGUAGUAGUAGUCCGUGAGCUGGCCUUUUCUUCAAGCAAUCGGAUUUCUUAACCGGCCGGUAACAAGCUUGUUCAGUCUUACGUUUUAUAUUUUCACAGAUCAACAGUUCUUACUGAAGAGACUGGCAGAUGCUGCUAUUGACAUUUACGGCAUGGCUGCCGUACUUUCCCGGUAAGUAACUCUGUGACCGGUUACAGAGUUAGGUGAUUCGCCACUCUGCUGUCCGAGUACAAAUUAAAGAAAAUAACCUGUUCUUUUGUAACUGAUGCCUCCAAUGUAGCAAGAACUGGCCAUGUUUUAAACGAGCGGGGAAUUGGUACGACUUAUAAUCGCAAAGGCUCUUGGGAUCGCUUGAAAGUACUACAAAAAAACAUGGCGUACAGCACCAAACCACCUGUUAAGCGUUCUUCUUCCGAUUAUUCUUACGGACGAAUACAUAUCUGGUGCAUUUGGGUCCUUGGGGAUUCUGUAAUAUUGAAGAUUAGUUGCAUGCUGUUCGGCCCCAAACGAUCCUAAGAAGCUUUGCGGUGGUACCCAGUUUUUCACUCGCUUAGAACAUGGCGAAUAGGCCAUUUCCGAGUUCCGAGUGCUGUAUCAAAAUGAGUGCUCAGCCUUUGAUGUGGAAAUGAUUUUUCAUUCUCAAGCAAAUAAAACUCGUUUUGACAAGAAAGGUUGUGUACUUGGCCUCAUUUUGAAAGUGAGGGUUUUUGGAACUCGAAAGUGGCCUAUUCAGCUAUAUUAGACGUCAUGAACGAUCCUUCCUCAGGGUUUGAGCCAGGCCGCGCCAUUGCGCCAAUCCCGCACUGCAAUUGGAAUUGUCCUUUAAAAAACGGCCAAGGGGACAAUUUGUCCCCUUCAAAAUUUAGGGAAAAAACUCGAAAGGAAGCACACACGAAGAGAUUUAUUUCAGUACAGAAAUUGCAAGCUGAAACAGAACGUGGAAAGUAUAUUUUAUCGCACCUUUAAAGUUCAUUCCAAAGUUACGUUUCAGUCACGCUCUACUGCUAUUUUUGUCGGAAAUCUAAGACAGGGCUUCUGAUUCUUCGCGCGGUCGCGGAGCCGCGAAAUUCACAAAAACACGAAAAAUACCGCGAAAUUCGGUAGAAAUCUUAUCAAAUACAUGUCUGUACAACAUAUUUGAAACUUAUUUCAGCUAUAGGGGCUAUUUACUUGCCGUAAACUUGCAAAUUUAUCUUGGAACUUCGUCACUGAAACGUGCAAACAGAUUAUGUUGCGAAAAACUGGGCACUAGCCAUGAUGUUAAAGGCUUUGCCAUUGGUUCAUUUCUGGAGCGUAUUGUUGAUGAAAGAGCAAAUGAUGAGCUCUGUUAGAAAAACGUUAAAAAGGCUGGUCUGAUCAGCGCAAAACCGAUCGAUUUCUAGCGAAAUUUGCUUUGAAAAUAACCACAAAAUCGGCCGUUUUUUACCGAUUGCUUUUCGGUGAAGUUUGCCCCGAAAACUCCCGCGCAAUCAGCCGAUUUUUCCGCGAAUUUGUCCCUAAAAAUCCCGCGAAAUUUGACUUUUUCUUCCGAGACCUAUCAGAAGCCCUGCUAAGAGGACAAACCCCUUUGCAUCAGCAGAAGGGUGUACAAAUUUCUGUCCCCCUAAAAAUGAAAAUGUCCCCCAAAAAUUUAGCCAAGGGGACAAAGUGUCCCCCAGUGAUCAAAUCCUAGCUCAAACCCUGCUUCCUUUUUCCCCCGUUUUCUGUUUUGCUACUGCUCUCUUUGUAGGUAAUGUUCUUUACAAUUACUGCGACUUUUUAUUUUUUUGUUUAGAGCGUCUCGGUCCCUCAACAACAAAGUAUCAACAGCCCAACAUGAAGCGAUUCUAGCACAAGUUUUCUGCGAUGAGGUAGAGUUAAUUGUGCAUUUUCAGUAUGUUCCCAGCUCCUUUUUUUCAAACGGUUAUACCUUAUGUAUGCUGAACUAUACUUUGCGAAAAUGACCCUUAAUCGUUUUACUGCCAAUAUUGAUCCAUCAGGGCUGAAUAGUCCUGGGGCCCGUUUCUCGAAUGUCCCGGUAAUCAUCUUAUUUACAAAUCGAAAUUAAAGAACAAGAGCGCGGGAUCCAUCAAACUACUCCAUUUUGAUUCGAUAGAAUGUUAGUCCGAUCUUUAAUGUAAACGGAAACUGGUCGUUAAUUAUCGGGACUUUCGAGAAACAGGUCCCUAGAAACUAAUCGAGCCAACUCAAGUCUUUUCAUGAAACAGUUCCUAAGUACACAGUGCGUAGAGGAGUUGCAUUUGACCUUGAUUCCGGUUAACUUUGCAGCUGAUCUCAUUACUCACGAGAUCUGACAAUGAUCGGUGGGCCAGUGACGAUUAGUCCCUAGAGCGCGCGACAUGAGCGCGGAUGUGCUGGAAGCGACAGCCGUCGCCAUGAAACACCUAGCAAUGUCCAAGGGUAAACUCUUACUCAUGUCAUUGUUCUUAUCUUUGUAGGCUGCUGACCGGAUUAGACAGAAUCUAGACUCGUUACACGACUCCAACAAACUUUCCAAUGACACGAAAAUGGCAAGGAUAGCAACGGAAGUCAUAAGAAACAUGAACACAGUCCCUGCUCAUCCUCUUGGAUUCUAAUCCCCUGACACAAUUUCAUACACAUGACACCUGUCUGUUACCUUGGAAAUCAUGUAUGCAUUUGGAUGUCGAUAAGAAUGUCUGUCUUAUUAAUAUCACGCUUUCUUUCUUUUAUCAGCUUCUGGAAAGGAAACUUCCAAAUGCAAACAUAGUUGACAUUCUCUUUUCUGUUUUAGUUUCUUUUUUUGGUUCGAGAUAUACAAGAUGUUAAUUCGUGGUUCCAUUGGAAGCAAAGACAUUUCAGUGACAAAAACAUAACGUCCAUUCCCGGUGUAAGAUAUUUAAGAGAAGAUUAAUGAUGUGGCUUCGUUGUGGCGUUGAAUGACUGAAAUAUUCAUUUGCCUUCUUAACAAAGCCAAUUCAAUGGGACAAAGAAAUUCCCUCUUUCUGUUACCAUUUUUUCAAAAACAAUUGUUAUAUUGAACGUUCUGACUGAGUCUUAUGGCUGUAUCAGCUAAGCGUUGACUCGUAGCGAUCGGUGUUUAAUUAGCUGUGCAGCGAAGUAGAUGGAAAUCCGGCAGUUUCUCCUGUAAAGUUAAGUUUAUUUAAAUUAAGAAGCUGCAACAUUUUACUUUGGGUAACAUUUCAACGUAAUUUUCACAACAAACAAAGAUACUAAAAAUUAAAAGCCUUGUCUGAUAUAUGGCAUUUUCUUUUACUGCUAUUGCCCAAAUAGUCGCGGCGUUAUUUAUGAGGCCGGUACCCUGUAAGAACGUCGCAAUCACGCAAUAAAAAAGUAUGUUACAUAGCAACAAGGAAUGGCAAUUUACAUUGAUUUGGGACGACACAUACAUUCCCCACCUCCUCCACGCUUGCCACGCAGGCGUUUUUAGGAGAGUGGUGAGGGAGGGAGGAAAUACGACUACCCUAAAAACGCUUGCGUGGGAGGCUAGACUUAGCCUCGCUCGACUUAGCCUAGACUUGCUCGAAUUCGGGACGGCUUUAAUUCAGACGCCGAACUGUUCAUGUGCCCAAACUGUUACUACAGUGAAAUAUAUAAAUUACUUUAACAUAUUUGACAUUUCAAACCCCAUAUCAAGCUAAGCGUCUGACGAAACAAAAGGCCUUCACCAACAUAUUAGGUUGCAAGAACGUAGGCCGUUUUAAAAUUGGCCGCAUCGGAGCACGCAUUAUCCUUACAAACGGCUAAUGCUCUUCUGCUAAAGCCGCAUUAUCUAUGUCCGGGCUUUCUUGACGAACUUGAACAAACAUUUGUGGUUCGUUUGGUUAUGUCUCGAGUAUAAAGACGGGCCCAAGAUGCAUCAUGCGUCCAAACAAACGAGGCACUAUGAAAGGCCAAUACAGGGCCGGCUCCUGCGCAUGUCCAUCCAUCCAUGACUUCAAUUCAUUCCUUCGAAAUGUUAUGUUAAAAUGAAUAACAUCAAGUUGUUAAAUUGCAAACCGUCUUUGCGCUGUUUACAUUUAAAUGGUAGUCCAUUUAAUUAUAAUUACUGAUUUGUUAAAGAAUCAUGUUAUAGUCAUUGUUAGUGCUUUGAUAAGGCUGUCUUAAAGCGCUUUCCAGAAGUCAAAACUUAUUGGCCAGACCGGUAACAUUGAAAAGGAAAUAUUAAUCUUUUCUCAAAAUUUUUACCAAACCCAUCACCUGACUACAGUGCAUACAUACCAUUAAUUAGGAAUAAACGGAUCUUACUGGAUAGUCCAUAUUAAUAGUGUAAUUCUCCUGACCGUUGACAUGUUCUGGCCAGCCAGUGCUGACAAAUGGUUAAGCGCCCCUAGUCUCCUUCUCAACCGAGUAUGAAUAAAGGGAUUGAACCACAUUUGAUCAUAUCCUCCCGUAUGUCAAUUUGCACCAUAUAAACUAAUAUUAAAUAUUAUAGGUUGCCGUAUGUUAAUUUGCGCUAUAUAAAUAUUAAAUAUUAUAUCAUCGAAGGGAUAGCUGGUGAUAUUUUAUCAAGUCGUUUUGAGUAGUAAAGAC